UCUGUGCCUGCUUCCAUGGUUGUUUUGAUGGUUAAAUGUUUAAAAUAUGAAUAAAAUCUUCCACAAUUGUAUUAUUUCUUUUCUAAAGACAUUUAUUAACCCACUGGAGUCAUUUGGAUUACAUAAAUAAUGGAUGUAGGCUGACAUUUGUUUACGCGAAGUAUUACGGUAGGACCAUUUGGACACGUGACCAUGGCGUUUACGGUAAUGUAGCUUUACCCUUUCAAUUACAAAACCAGUUCCUGUUUAUGUACAGUGUCAAAAGUGGACGCGUGCAUGCUCAAAUCUGGAUUAUUUAAAGACGUCUGUGUUUUUAGAGGUAAAUGCACGUUUCAAUACGGUUGUUUUGCAGUUUAGUCAUAGAUGAAUUUCGUAGUUAUGCUAUCCAGCUAACUUUAACUCUGUAUUUUAAAAGCGACUGCUUAGCUUUAUAUUAACGUUACCAAUUGUCGUCUAUAUAAGAACGUUAUAUAUUAAUAUAGAUAGCUAAAUAUGGACGAUCAGAUCUGCUCUCUGUAGCAUGUGUCCACAGGAGAUCAGGUGACAGUGACCCCGCGCGCUGUCAUCUUUAAUCUUUUGUUUAGGUUAAGAUUGAGGAGGUAGGAAAUUUCCUGUAGACGUGAUCAUAUACAGAUGUGAUACAUGUCUCACCGGUUGUCUCGUAUAAUUUGAUGUAUGCCAUCGUUGGUUAUUUGCGAGUGAAGCCGCAAAUGUCGGCGUCUGCCCUGCGAUUGAUCCGCUGCCACAGGAGACUCAGCACCGGCGGAACCUCUGUCAACAACAGACCUCUGCCAUGGAAAGACCUCAGGAAAAUUGCGAAAGUCACCGGUGCAGUAGUAUUUGGUGGCUGUGUUUUUAUCACAUACGAAGUGUUUUCGCUGAAACGGGCCAUCACUGUCGACACAAGUGCCAUUCUGCAGGAGAAACACAAAUCCUACAUCUACCUGACUCAUGCCAUGAACAGAGAACAAGAGAGUCUUGCUUCUGACCUUAAAACUUUUCAAGGCCUCACUAACAAAACCAGGAAGGAGCUUCAUAAAGCAGCUAGAAAGUUUCUUGAAAUUUCAUCCAGAGUUCUGCUCCGCCCAUUGGACGAACAUCUCAGUCAUCUGGAUGCAGAUCCUCAUGAAUAUGCACUUUGGGUCCUGUUGAAGAAAACCUGCUCUGCUGACCAGGCCGUGAGACAGCAGGCGAUGCAGGACCUGGCCCAAAGUCACCACUGGCAGGAUUAUCAAUACCAGACAGCAGCACAGGUGAUAGAUCAACGCACGACUGUGGGUCUCGCCCGUAUCCCCAACGUGGACCUGCGCUUCUUCCUCCCUCCUCCUGUCCUGCCACACAAAGAUGAUGAUAUAUCAAUAGAAGACAGCCUUAGACAGUUACUUGCUUCUCUGCCCCAGUCGGAGGUGGAUAAGUGUGUGCAGUAUUUCACAUCCAUGGCACUUAGGGAAAGCAGUCAGUCUCUAGCCUCACAAAGGGGCGGGCUUUGGUGUUUCGGAGGAAACGGGUUGCCCUAUGCACAAAGCUUGACUUCCACCCCUUCAGAGAAGGUGGAGACUUUCUGCCUACAGGCGCUGGUGCAGCACUCGAAGGUUCCGAGUCACUGUGACCACAUCGUUGCUAAUGGAGGUUUGCAGCUCCUGCAAAGAGUGUACCAGCUUCGCCGAGACUCUCCGAAGAUUCAGCGUAACAUUGUGCGAAUAAUUGGAAAUCUUGCCCUGAACGAUAGCCUUCAUACGGCUAUAGUGCAGUCAGGUUGGGUGUCUGCCCUGGCCGAGAUGAUUCAGUCACCACAUAUCAUGCAGGCAUCUCAUGCUGCCCGCGCUUUAGCCAAUCUAGACAGAGAUGCAGUAAGUGAGAAGUACCAGGAUGGUGUUUAUAUCUUACACCCACAGUGCCGUACAAACCAGCCAAUCAAAGCAGACAUACUUUUCGUGCAUGGCCUGCUGGGAGCGGCGUUUAAAACAUGGCGUCAAAAAGACUGUGAUACUACAAGUGAAGUAAAGGCGGCAGGAAUCCAAGAGGACUACACUGAAUGCUGGCCCAAGUCGUGGUUGGCUGCCGACUGUCCAAACCUCAGAAUCCUAUCGGUAGAGUAUGACACGCAUUUAAGCGACUGGAAUGCGAAGUGUCCUGUUGAAAACCAAAGGAAGUCAUUGGCCUACAGAAGUCAGGAACUGCUGAGAAAAUUGAAGGAUGCUGGUGUUGGUGACAGGCCUGUUGUUUGGGUAGCCCACAGUAUGGGAGGUUUACUUGUAAAAAAGAUGCUUUUAGAUGCCUCAAAAGAUCCUGACCUCGAUGCACUGAUCAAGAACACAAAGGGAAUUAUGUUCUACAGCGUUCCUCAUCACGGCACAUUCAUGGCAGAGUAUUCUGUCAAUGUCCGAUACCUUUUGUUUCCCUCCAUAGAAGUUAGAGAACUUUGUAAAGACUCUCCAGCAUUGCGAGAUCUGCAUGAAAAUUUCCUUAACAUUGCAAAAGAACGAGAGUACAAAAUCCUUAGCUUUGCUGAAUCGCUGCCAACUAACGUUGGGCCAAUGCUCAAAAUAUUGGUUGUUCCCUCUCAGUCAGCAGAGCUAGGAAUUGGUGACCUCAUCCAGGUGAACGUAGAUCAUCUCAGUAUUUGCAAACCAGAAAAUAAGGACUCUAUGAUCUAUAAACAAAGUUUACAGUUUAUCCAGGAUGCUCUUGGAGCACAGAGAAUAAAAUACGAAGGUUUUAACUGAACUGUUAACGUACCACCUUCAAAAUGGUCAAUGUCUUAAAAGGAGUUCUCAUUGAAUGCGAUCCAGCUAUGAAGCAGUUUCUUCUGUAUCUGGACGAGACGUCAGCGCUGGGUAAGAAGUUUAUCAUCCAGGAUUUGGACGACACGCAUGUUUUCAUCCUGGCUGAAGUUGUGCAGAUUCUUCAGGAGCGUGUAGGAGAACUGAUGGACCAGAAUUCAUUCCCCAUCACCCAGAAAUAAAUGUCUGACAGCAACCCUUACAAUCUGUGAAA